GCUGCGUGCCUCCCUCUUGGCCUCCCGUGGCCCGGGCGCCCGGCCGGCGGCGCGAUGCGGCGCAGCAAGGCCGACGUGGAGCGCUACAUCGCCUCGGUGCAGGGCUCGGCCCCGUCGCCCCGCGAGAAGUCAAUGAAAGGAUUCUAUUUUGCAAAAUUGUACUAUGAAGCUAAAGAAUAUGAUCUUGCUAAAAAGUACAUAUCUACAUAUAUUAAUGUGCAAGAAAGGGAUCCCAAAGCCCACAGAUUUCUCGGUCUUCUUUAUGAAGCAGAGGAAAACAUAGAAAAAGCUGUCGAAUGUUAUAAGCGUUCAGUGGAAUUAAAUCCAACUCAGAAAGAUCUUGUGCUGAAGAUUGCAGAAUUGCUUUGUAAAAAUGAUGUUGCCGAUGGCAGAGCAAAAUACUGGGUUGAAAGAGCAGCUAAACUUUUCCCUGGAAGUACUGCAGUUUAUAAACUGAAGGAACAGCUUUUAGAUUGUAAAGGUGAAGAUGGAUGGAAUAAACUUUUUGACUUGAUUCAAUCAGAACUUUAUGCAAGACCUGAUGAUGUCCAUGUCAACAUUCGUCUAGUAGAGCUGUAUCGCUCAAAUAGGAGACUGAAGGACGCUGUGGCUCACUGCCAUGAGGCAGAGAGAAGCACAGCUUUGCGUUCAAGUUUAGAGUGGAAUUCAUGCGUUGUGAAGACUCUCAAAGAAUAUCUAGACUCUUCACAGUAUUUGGAAUCUGAUAAAAGUAACUGGCGAGCAACCAAUAAAGACUUACUUCUAGCCUAUGCUAACCUUAUGUUUCUUACGCUCUCUACUAGAGAUGUGCAAGAAAGUAGAGAAUUAUUGGAAAGUUUUGACAGUGCUCUUCAUUCUGUGAAAUCUUGUGUGUGUGGAAAUGAUGAACUCUCAGCUACUUUCUUAGAAAUAAAAGGACAUUUCUACAUGCAUGCUGGUUCUCUGCUUUUGAAGAUGGGUCAGCAUAGUGAUGUGCAGUGGCGAGCUCUCUCUGAGCUGGCUGCAUUGUGCUAUCUCUUAGCAUUUCAGGUUCCAAGACCAAAGGUUAAGUUAAUGAAAGGAGAAACUGGACAAAAUUUGCUGGAAAUAAUGGCCUUUGAUCGUCUGAGCCAAUCAGGGCACAUGCUGCUAAACUUAAGUCAUGAUAAGCAAGAUUUUUUAAAGGAAGUUAUGGAGUCCUUUGCCAAUAAAAGUGGUCAGUCAGCUUUAUAUGAUGCUUUAUUUUCUAGUCAGCCAUCUAAGGAUAGAUCUUUCCUUGGUAGUGAUGAUUUUGGAAACAUUGAUGGACAAGCACCAGAACUUGAUGAUUUGGCUAGAUACGAUCUUGGUGCCAUUCGAGCACAUAAUGGUAGUCUUCAGUAUCUUACUUGGCUUGGCAUGCAGUGGAAUUCAUUGCCUUCUUUACCUGCAAUUCGAAAAUGGUUAAAACAGCUUUUUCAUCAUCUGCCUCAGGAAACCUCAAGACUUGAAACAAAUUCACCUGAAUCAUUAUGUAUUUUAGAUCUUGAAGUGUUUCUUCUUGGAGUAAUAUAUACUAGCCACUUACAAUUGAAGGAGAAAUCUAAUUCUCAUUGUAGCUUCUAUCAUCCAUUGUGCUUGCCACUUCCUGUAUGUAAACAGCUUUGUACAGAAAGACAAAAGUCUUGGUGGGAUGCAGUUUGUAAUCUAAUCCACAGAAAAGCAGUACCUGGAACUUCAGCGAAAUUGCGGCUUCUUGUUCAGCAUGAUAUAAAUACUCUCAGGGCCCAGGAAAAGCAUGGCCUUCAACCUGCUCUUCUUAUACACUGGGCAGAAUACCUUCAGAAAACAGGCAGUGGUCUUAAUUCUUUUUAUGACCAGCGGGAAUACAUAGGCAGGAGUGUUCAUUAUUGGAAAAAGGUUCUGCAGUUGUUGAAGACAAUAAAAAAGAAGAACAGUAUUCCUGAACCUAUUGACCCUCUGUUUAAACAUUUUCAUAGUGCAGACAUUCAGGCAUCUGAAAUUGGAGAAUAUGAAGAAGAAGCACAUAUAACAUUUGCUAUUUUGGAUGCAGUUAAUGGAAAUAUAGAAGAUGCUAUGACUGCUUUUGAAUCUAUAAAAAAUGUUGUCUCUUAUUGGAAUCUUGCACUGAUUUUUCACAGAAAAGCAGAAGACAUUGAAAAUGAUGCCCUCUCUCCUGAAGAGCAAGAAGAAUGCAAAAAUUAUCUGCGGAAGGCCAGGGACUACCUAAUAAAGAUACUAGAUAACAGUGACUCAGAUUUUUCAGUGGCCAAGAAAUUGCCUGUUCCCCUGGAGUCUGUAAAGGAAAUGCUUAAUUCGGUCAUGCAGGAACUGGAAGACUAUAGUGAAGGAGGACCUCUAUAUAAAAAUGGUUCUUUGCGAAAUGCAGAUUCAGAAAUAAAACAUUCUACUCCAUCUCCCACCAAAUAUUCUCUGUCACCAAGCAAAAGUUACAAGUAUUCUCCCAAAACUCCACCUCGAUGGGCUGAAGAUCAAAAUUCUUUACUUAAAAUGAUCUGCCAACAAGUAGAGGCCAUUAAGAAAGAAAUGCAGGAGUUGAAACUAAAUAGCAGUAACUCAGGGUCCCCCCAUCGUUGGUCUACAGAAAAUUAUGGACCAGAUUCAGUGCCUGAUGGUUAUCAGGGAUCACAGAAUUUUCAUGGGGCUCCACUAACAGUUGCAACUACGGGCCCUUCAGUAUAUUAUAGUCAAUCACCAGCAUAUAAUUCCCAGUAUCUUCUCAGACCAGCAGCUAAUGUUACUCCCACAAAGGGUCCUCCAGUUUAUGGCAUGAAUAGGCUUCCACCUCAGCAGCAUAUUUAUGCAUAUUCACAACAGAUGAACACACCGCCAGUACAAAGUUCAUCUGCUUGUAUGUUCUCUCAAGAGAUGUAUGGGCCUCCACUGCGUUUUGAGUCUCCUGCAACUGGAAUUCUAUCACCCAGGGGUGAUGAUUACUUUAAUUACAAUGUUCAGCAGCCAAGCACAAAUCCCCCUUUGCCAGAGCCAGGUUAUUUCACAAAACCUCCACUUGCAUCUCAUGCUUCACGAUCUACAGAAUCUAAGGUUAUGGAAUUUGGAAAGACUAAUUUUGUUCAGCCUGUGCCAGGUGAUGGAAUAAGACCGUCUUUGACAGCACCUGCCCAUGCAACACAGUCAAUUCCUUUUAAAUUUAACUCAAAUUUUAAAUCAAAUGAUGGUGACUUCACAUUUUCCUCACCACACGUUGUGACUCAGCCUUCUUCUACAGGUUACAAUAAUAGCGAAAGCCUAUUAGGUCUCCUAACUUCAGAUAAACCAUUGCAAGGAGAUGGCUUCAGUAGCUCUAAGGCUGGACACACCACUGGGCCUCGAAAUACUUUCAACUUUGGAAGCAAAAGUGUGGCUGAAAUUUCGUUUUCUGAAAACAUGGGUUCAAAUCAGCAGAAGAACUCUGGUUUUAGUCAAAGUAAUGAUGAUAUGUUUACUUUCCGGGACCCAGGGAAGUCAGUAUUCGGAACACCUUCAGAACUGGCUAACAAGAGUCAUGAAACAGAUGGAGGAAGUGCCCACGGUGAUGAUGAUGAUGAUGAUGGCCCUCACUUUGAGCCUGUGGUACCGCUUCCUGAUAAGAUUGAAGUAAAAACUGGUGAGGAAGAUGAAGAAGAAUUCUUCUGCAAUCGUGCAAAAUUAUUUCGUUUUGAUGUAGAAUCUAAAGAAUGGAAGGAACGUGGUAUUGGCAAUGUAAAGAUACUGAGGCAUAAAACAUCUGGUAAAAUUCGCCUUCUAAUGAGACGGGAACAAGUAUUGAAGAUUUGUGCGAAUCAUUACAUCAGUCCAGAUAUGAGACUUACUCCAAAUGCUGGAUCAGACAGAUCUUUUGUAUGGCAUGCUCUUGAUUAUGCUGAUGAGUUGCCCAAACCAGAGCAACUUGCUAUAAGAUUCAAAACUCCCGAGGAAGCAACACUUUUUAAGUGCAAGUUUGAAGAGGCUCAGUGCAUUUUAAAAGCCCCAGGAGCAAAUGUAUCCACAACGAAAAAUCAGGCUAUAAGAAUUGUAAAAGAAGUUAAAAGUCAUGAUAGUAAGGAUGUCUGCAGAUCUGAUUCAGGAAGCAUGAAUUUUGAUUUUCAGUUUACAAAGAAAGAAGGGCCUUGGUGGCAUUGUAACAGCUGCUCAUUAAAGAAUGCUGCGACUGCUAAGAAAUGUGUAUCAUGCCAAAAUGUAAACCCAAGCAAUAAAGAACUCCUUGGCUCAUCAUUAGUUGAAAAUGUUUCCACUGUUAAAAUGGGUCCAGAAAGUACUCCAGAGAGAUUUGCUUUGAUGUCUCCAAAGAAAGAAGGUCACUGGGAUUGUGAGAAUACCAAAUCUAACAAAAGUGGAUCUUCACUUGUUCAGCAAGCUUCCUUUAAAUUUGGCCAGGGAGAUCUUCCUAAGUCUAUUAAUAGUGAUUUCAAAUCUGCUUUUUCUAUAAAGGAAGGACAGUGGGAUUGCAGUGAAUGCUUGGUACGAAAUGAAGGAACCUCUACAAAAUGUGUUGCCUGUCAGAAUGAAAGAAAACAGAGUUCACGUACUGCUACUAUUUCAGCACCGACUUUUAAGUUUGGUACUUCAGAAGUCAGUAAAACUCACAAAACUGGAUUUGAAGACAUGUUUGCUAAGAAGGAAGGACAAUGGGAUUGCAGUGAAUGCUUUGUACGAAAUGAAUCAACUGCUACAAAAUGUGUUGCUUGUCAGACUCCAGGUCAAUCCAGUGCAUCUACUUCUACUGUCCCAGCACCUGCUUUAUUUAAAUUUAGUACUUCAGAGACAAGUAAGCCCACAAAGAGUGGAUUUGAAGGACUCUUCAGUAAGAAGGAAGGACAGUGGGAUUGCAGUGUCUGCUUGUUACGAAAUGAAGCAAAUACUUCCAGAUGUGUUGCUUGUGAGAAUCCAAGUAAGCAGAGUCAACCAACUUCUACUGAUGUAACACCUGCCUCUUCAGAUGUAGUCAAGACUUCUAAGAAUGGAUUUGAAGGGAUAUUCACCAAGAAGGAAGGGCAGUGGAACUGUAAUGUUUGCUUAGUACAGAAUGAGAGUUCUUCCUUAAAAUGUGUUGCUUGUGAUGCUUCUAAGACAACUCAAAAACCAGCUGCAGAAACUCCUUCAGCUUUCACAUUGGGCUCAAAAAUGAAGUUAAAUGAUUCUUCCGGAAGUCAGUCAGGAACAGGAUUUAAAACUAACUUUUCUGAAAAAUCUUUUAAAUUUGGUAACACAGGACAAGGAUUUAAAUUUGGGCUAGCGGAUCAAGAAAAUACACCUUCUUUUACGUUUCAGGGUUCUACAGAUUCUAAAUCAGCAAAAGAAGGGUUUAGCUUCUCUAUCCCGGUGUCUGCUGAUGGACUUAAAUUUGGCAUUCAGGAACUGGGAAAUCAAGAGAAGAAGAGUGAAAAACCCCUUGAGCCUGUUUUUCAGGCUCAGGAUGUUAGUGGUCAGAAAAACUGCAGUGGUGUAUUUUUUAAUCAGUCUGGUAGCUCUUUCACCUUUGCAGACCUUGCAAAAUCAACUUCAGGUGAAGGAUUUCAGUUUGGCAAAAAAGACCCUAACUUCAAGGGAUUUUCUGGGGCUGGAGAAAAACUAUUCUCCUCACAAAGCGGUAAAAUGAUGGAUAAAUCUGAUAAUUCUGCUGAUCUUGAGAAAGAUGAUGAUACCUAUAAGACUGAAGAUACUGAUGAUAUUCAUUUUGAACCAGUGGUUCAAAUGCCUGAAAAAGUAGAACUUGUUACAGGAGAAGAAGACGAAAAAGUUCUUUAUUCACAGCGGGUGAAAUUAUUUAGGUUUGAUGCUGAGAUAAGCCAGUGGAAAGAACGAGGCUUAGGGAACUUAAAAAUUCUCAAAAAUGAAGUGAAUGGCAAACUAAGAAUGUUGAUGCGAAGAGAACAAGUACUGAAAGUCUGUGCUAAUCAUUGGAUAACAACUACGAUGAACCUGAAGCCUCUCUCUGGAUCAGAUAGAGCAUGGAUGUGGUUAGCCAGUGAUUUUUCUGAUGGUGAUGCCAAAUUAGAGCAACUGGCAGCCAAAUUUAAAACACCAGAGCUAGCUGAAGAAUUUAAGCAGAAAUUUGAGGAAUGCCAGCGACUUCUAUUAGAUAUACCGCUUCAAACUCCUCAUAAACUUGUGGAUACUGGCAGAGCUGCUAAGUUAAUACAGAGAGCUGAAGAAAUGAAGAGUGGUCUGAAGGACUUCAAAACAUUUUUGACAAAUGAUCAAACAAAAGUCACUGAUGAAGAGAAUAAGAGUACAGGUAUAGGUGCUGCUAGUGCUUUAGAUACACCCACCAAAUCAAAUCCUGAAAACACAGGACCUACGUUAGAGUGGGAUAACUAUGAUUUAAGAGAAGAUGCAUUAGAUGACAGUGUAAGUAGUAGCUCAGUACACGCUUCUCCGUUGGCAAGUAGCCCUGUGAGAAAAAAUCUAUUCCGCUUUGGUGAGUCCACAACAGGAUUUAACUUCAGUUUCAAGUCUGCUCUGAGUCCAUCUAAGUCUCCUGCCAAGUUAAAUCAGAGUGGAACUUCGGUUGGUACUGAUGAAGAAUCAGAUGUUACUCAAGAAGAAGAGAGAGAUGGACAGUAUUUUGAGCCUGUUGUGCCAUUACCUGAUCUAGUUGAAGUGUCCAGUGGUGAGGAAAAUGAACAAGUUGUUUUCAGUCACAGAGCAAAACUCUAUAGAUAUGAUAAAGAUGUUGGUCAGUGGAAAGAAAGGGGCAUUGGAGAUAUUAAAAUUUUACAGAAUUAUGAUAAUAAGCAAGUUCGCAUAGUGAUGAGAAGGGACCAAGUACUAAAACUUUGUGCCAAUCAUAGAAUAACUCCAGACAUGACUUUGCAAAAUAUGAAAGGGACAGAAAGAGUGUGGGUAUGGACUGCUUGUGAUUUUGCAGAUGGAGAAAGAAAAAUAGAACAUUUAGCUGUUCGUUUUAAACUGCAGGAUGUUGCAGACUCAUUUAAGAAGAUAUUUGAUGAAGCAAAACUAGCCCAAGAAAAAGCUUCUUUGAUCACACCUCAUGUAUCUCGUUUGGUUACUCCCAGAGAGUCACCAUGUGGCAAAAUUGCUGUUGCUGUAUUAGAAGAAACCACAAGAGAGAGGACAGAUUUGAUUCAGAGUGAUGAGACAGCAGAUGUAACCCCUGACGUUGAAGUCUCUAGCACAUCUGAAACAAAAGCAGUGGUUUCGCCUCCAAAGUUUGUAUUUGGUUCAGAAUCUGUUAAGAGCAUUUUUAGUAGUGAAAAAUCAAAACCAUUUGCAUUUGGCAACAGUUCAGCUACUGGAUCUUUGUUUGGAUUUAGUUUUAAUGCACCUUUGAAAAGUGACAGUAUUGAAGCGUGUUCAGUCCAGAGUGGACCUGAAAGAAACUUGGUACUGAAUGAUCGUGAGAAGUCAGAAAACUCAGAUGGUCGAGUAUCUUCAGAGGUCAAAGGAAAGAAUUUCUUUGCUUUUCCAAAGGAAGAGACCUUAACAAACUAUCCAUGUAAUGUACAAGAAAAAGGAUUUAAUUUUAUCCUUUUUAAAUCUAACCCAAUGGCUUUUUGGACCAGAACCCCUUCCUCACAACCUGAGAAUAAAGCAAAAGAGAAGGAAAAUCCUGAAGAUGAUGAUGAUGUUCUCAUUGUAUACGAAUUAACCCCGACCCCUGAGCAGAAAAUUCUUGCCAACAAACUUAAACUUCCUCCAACUUUUUUCUGCUAUAAGAAUAGACCAGAUUAUGUUAGUGAAGAGGAGGAGGAUGAUGAAGAUUUUGAAACAGCUGUCAAGAAACUCAAUGGAAAAUUAUAUCUAGAUGACUCAGAAAAAAAUAGACCCUUAGAAGAAAAUCUUGCAGAUAGUGAAAAAGAAUGUGUCAUUGUAUGGGAAAAGAAACCAACAAUUGAAGAGAAGGCAAAAGCAGAUACGUUAAAGCUUCCACCUACAUUUUUUUGUGGAGUCUGCAGUGAUACUGAUGAGGACAAUGGAAAUGGGGAAGACUUUCAGUCAGAGCUUGAAAAAGUUCAAGAAGCUCAAAAGUCCCAGAAUGACGAAAAAACUAGCUUGGUUGACAAUGUGCUCACUGGUGAAACUAAAAUGGCUGUACCAGUUUUAUGUAAAUCUGAAGAACCUGGUUUAACUACCGAUCCUAUCAGCUCAUCUCUUAUUUCUUCUGGAACUGUAGACAAACCUGUAGAUUUGUCUACUAGAAAGGAAAAUGAUACAGAUUCUACAAGCCAAGGGGAAAACAAAGCAGUUUCAUUUGGAUUUGGAAGUAGCACAGGGCUGUCAUUUGCAGACCUGGCUUCCAGUAAUUCUGGGGAUUUUGCUUUUGGUUCUAAAGAUAAAAAUUUCCAGUGGGCCAAUACUGGAGCAACUGUAUUUGGAAUACAGGCAACCAGUACAGUUGGUGAAAAUGAAGAUGGUAGUGAUGAAGAAGUAGUUCAUAAUGAAGAUAUCCAUUUUGAACCAAUAGUAUCAUUACCAGAGGUAGAAGUAAAAUCUGGAGAAGAAGACGAAGAAAUUUUAUUUAAAGAACGAGCCAAACUCUAUAGAUGGGAUCGAGAUGUCAGUCAGUGGAAAGAACGUGGUGUUGGAGAUAUAAAGAUUCUUUGGCAUAUGAUGAAGAAUUAUUACCGGAUCCUAAUGAGAAGAGAUCAGGUUUUUAAAGUUUGUGCAAACCAUGUUAUUACCAAAACAAUGGAAUUAAAACCCUUAAAUGUUUCGAAUAAUGCUUUAGUUUGGACUGCUUCAGAUUAUGCUGAUGGAGAAGCAAAGGUGGAACAGCUUGCAGUGAGAUUUAAAACAAAAGAAAUGGCAGAUUGUUUUAAGAAAAAAAUUGAAGAAUGCCAACAGAAUUUAUUGAACCAAGGGCAGGUAUCUCUGACAGCAGAGUUAUCAAAGGAGACAAAUCCUGUGGUGUUUUUUGAUGUUUGUGCAGAUGACGAACCUUUAGGACGCAUAACCAUGGAAUUAUUUUCAAACAUUGUUCCUCAAACUGCUGAGAACUUCCGAGCACUUUGCACUGGAGAGAAGGGUUUUGGUUUCAAGAACUCCAUUUUUCACAGAGUAGUGCCAGAUUUUGUUUGCCAGGGGGGAGAUAUCACCAAGCAUAAUGGAACAGGAGGACGGUCCAUUUAUGGAGAAAAAUUUGAAGAUGAAAAUUUUAUUGUGAAGCAUACUGGUCCUGGAUUACUAUCAAUGGCUAAUAAAGGCCGGGAUACAAAUAAUUCUCAAUUUUUUAUAACACUGAAAAAAACAGAACAUUUGGACUUUAAGCAUGUAGUGUUUGGGUUUGUUAAGGAUGGCAUGGAUACUGUGAGAAAAAUAGAAUCAUUUGGUUCUCCUGAAGGAUCUGUUAGUCGACGAAUUAUUAUCACAGAAUGUGGACAAAUAUAAAAAUCAUUGCUUUUUAUAGUAAAUUUUACCUUUCAUGAGCAGUUGAUGCUUAGCUGUUAAGACAGUAUGGUAAUUAUGUUCAGCUUAUGAAAAUGGACGUUUCCAGUGUAUAAAUGUUAAAUUGCAGCUUAUAGCUGUUGUCACUUUUUAAUGUGUUAUAUUUGACCUUGCAUGGUGUGAAAUAAAAGUUUAAACACUGGUGUAUUUCAGGUGUACUUGUGUUUGUGUACUCCUGACAUAUCUGUAUUGAAAUAAUACUAGUCUUGUUAAAAGCAAUAGUCUUAAACUAUUGAAGGAAUAUGAUAUAUGCAAUUUGCUUUUAACUUAGCAUACUGAACUUUCUGCAUGGACAUGCUUAGUGUUUUGAAAAAGGGACCACAAUUUGGAUAAUUAUAAUUUUAAAUUUGAAAUAUAUUUGGUAAUUUUAACUAAUAAUGUGCUUAUUUAUGAAUUCUCAUUAUGAAUGAAUAAGUCACAGAGGAUAGAGACUUAACCAAAGUGCUCUUCUAUAAUCCUUGCACCUCCUGUAUAGUAAAUUAACUUUUAAGCAGAGUAUCUUCUAUUCUUAAAAUAUGUAGCUUCCUGCGCCCUUUCAAAGGUAUUAAAUUUUUACAUUUUAGACAAGUUGAGGAUUAGAUUUUUUUUUAAAUUUCUCUGUCAUGUUUCUACUACCUCAAACUGCAGCGUGGUUCUGAUAGAACUUGAAAUUUCCCUUGCAGUGAUUGUGAUAAAGUAUGAAUAUUUUAAGAUCUAUACCCAUGUUCUUUGGUUAAAGAUUUGCUUUAUACUAGAUUGUUGCAGUACCUUUUUUUCUGGUGAAUUUUGUAGCAAAAAAUAAAGUGAUGAUUGUUAA